AAUGCAAGGGAGAAAAAAAGCCCUCCCUUCCCGGGUUACGUCAUCAAACUGCGCCGGAAGAGACGCGAGGAUGCCGAGUUGUUGGUGUGGUUGGAGAAUCCCUUGAAGCAUCAUGGCAGUCAAGUGGACCGAUGGACAUUCCUCUUCUAUACUGUGCUUGAAUGUGAACAAAGAAGGGCUGAUAGCUUCGGGAGCAGAGGCAGGCGAGCUUGCUAUCUGGAAUGAGGAAGGGAUUCCAUUGGGACAGAUACAGCUUCAGAAAGCAGAUGAUAUCACCUGUGUAACAUUCUCUCCCACCUGCCCAAGUAGGCUAUACACAUCUCAUGGGGAAACCAUUAGCUUGCUGGAUGUCAGGUGCCUUAAGGGGCCUAUUGAAUGCUUCCACGUAAAUGAGGAAGAGAUCAAUUGCCUUUCUGUGAAUGACACAGACAGUGUCCUGGCUGCAGCUGAUGACUCUGGGGCAAUCAAGAUUAUAGACUUGGAAAACAAGAAAGUCAGCCGGUCCCUCAGGAGACAUUCAAAUAUCUGCUCCUCUGUUGCGUUUCGACCUCAGAGGCCUCAAAGUCUUGUGUCAUGUGGACUAGACAUGAAGGUUAUGCUGUGGAACCUGCAGAAAGCUCGCCCACUGUGGACCACAACCUUGCAGGAUUGUGAAGCAGAGGAGGUGGAGCAGCAAUCAGCUGGCCAGUUCUUUAACCCUCCACUAGCCCAUUCUCUGUCUGUGGCUGCAUGUGGCAAUAUCUUUGUUUGUGGUGCUGAAGAUGGUAAAAUAAGGAUCUUCAGGGUAACAGGUGUCAAGUGUGAACAGGAGCUAGGGUUUAAAAGCCACAGUUUGGGAGUAUCACAAGUUAUUUUCCUGCCAGAAACCUAUUGGCUGUUGAGUGGUGGAAAUGAUGGGAAGGUGUUGCUGUGGGAUAUCAACAGUGAAGUUGGGAAGCAACAGAAGAGUCCUGUGAAAUCCAUCCACAGGAGGAAGACCAGGGCACCUGCUUCGACCAGAAGAGCUGGGAAGCCCAAUGCAGUGGUUACAAAUGAGCAUGCCAAAAUCCUACCAAAACUGAGCAUUGAACAUGGAGAGAAGGUGAAUUGGAUUUCAUGUGCAGACUUCAAAGGCUCCAAGAGAGUACUAGUUGCUGAUCAGAGUAGUUCCAUAACAGUGUAUCCUCUCACUGAGCCAUAGACAUUAAAAGAUUUUAAGGAAUUUUUCACAAGCAGCUAAUUCCUUGGGGUGAUUUAAAUUGGUGUAGCUGAUUUUUCUAGACUGCCUUCUAUUCCAUUUACCCUUUAGAGAGGUCCCUGUUUAUAGCUUAAACAACUAAAACUCCUGCAUAUUUAGAAGUGGCAGGGGAUUAGCUGUGGCAUCACUUGCCUGUAUGCAUAACAUAUGUGCAUGGAUUCUCUUGCAGUUAUGGCCCAUCUUCAAUGUAAAUCUUAAAUAGACGUGUGGCUGCUUAAAUGGUUUUUGGAAUUGCACCCUCAGAACAUGAAGGCGAUACAUAGCAGGUUCAGUCAUGUUUCAGUCUGGAAAUGCUGAAAUAAUGGGAAAGAAAGUCUUCAGUCUGACAAAAGUAUUGGACUCCUCUAUGUAAACUAAAACAAUCCCAGAACAAAUCAAUUGGUGAGAUAAGCUUUAAUGAAGAUGCAAUUGGCUGAAGUCCACCCAGAUCCCUACAGAAUAGCCAAUCUACUAGCUUUCUUUGCUUCAUCUCUAGUUUUUUGCCAACAUUUUUGAAACAGAAAAAGUAAAGGAAGUCUGACCUAAACUGAACAUAAUUUCAUAAGUGGAAAGUAUCUUCACUGAAGCAGCUGAAAGCAUGGGCUGGAAACAUUUAUGAAUUAUGUUAAACUAAACGCAGUAAAUAAUAAUUCAAUGGGAUUUUCAUGAUGGAGCAGACAUAAGGAAGGGGAAGAAUGUUGAUUAUUUACCUGGCCCAAGCUAAAAAAAAAAGUGUAAAGUCCCAGAAGAGAUGUUAGCUAUUAAAUCUGUAAAUAAAAGCCUUUUCUCUUCA